AAUGUUGAAAUCCGCAGUCCUGCAAUUUGAUUCUCCUAAGUAUGCUUAACAAAGUGUUAUCAAGGAUAUUAAGACGAUCAAGGAGUUAAUUAAAGGAGAAGAUUACUAGUAAUUGAGAUAAAAGCUAAAUGAGGUUUUCGGUAAGAAAAUAAGUGAGCAAUAAUAAUAAAUCACCCUCUAAUAGAUUUAAUAACAACAACAGCAACUCUAAUAAAAUAGUGUAAGACAGCGAACUUCCAGUAACCAAGAAGAUGCUAACCAACUAAAAAAGCAAGUCUUUCGUAGAAUUUAUGUUGCCAGAGAAAUUGACAAAACCUAAAAAGAAUAACCUUCUCUUGGAGAAAUCAAAAAAAUCAACUAUACUCCCUUGCGUAAUAGGUAAUCUCGGGUGAAGAUGAACAGCUCCAAUAUUAGACAAAAGACGAUAGAAAAUUAAUAACAGAAUUAGCAAUCGGCUGUCCAAUAACAAUGUUUACCCAUUAUUAAGAGUUUUGUUAAUAUGGAAGAAUAUCAAUAACAAUAAUAGCAAAUGAAGAAAAAGAAAGAUCAAUAGAGAAAGAAACACAUUUAAAAUAAGUUUAUUGAAUUUGAUAAAAUUUUGAACUAGUUAAUAAAAUGA